AUGGCUAAUAAAUUUAUUCUAGUUCCUGAAGAAAUUUACAAAGGUUUGACAACCCAAGAUUCAGGGGAACCAAACUUGGAUUUUAUUCGUCAAGGUUUAGAGAAAACAAAAUUGAAAAGGGAGACACCUAGUGCAAAAAAUGUACACUAUAAUCAGGAGCUUAGGCGAUAUUUGCAAUUAAGAAACGAGCAGCAAAAUAGACCGGUUAAGGUGGAGAUGGUUGCUAGUCCAAAGGGUGCAAUUAUGAAUACUACAGCCUCCCUUCCGGCUUCAAAUAUUGGGGAAGACGACGAUAAUAUAUGGAUGAGUGAUGAUAUGUCCUUUAGUUCGUAUCCAAAAGAGACACCAUCUUAUAACAUUAUACCGCCUAUUCUGCCAGAUAUUAAACCAACAAUUACAUUAAAACCGAAAAAACCUACUACCUAUUACAAACCCCCGAAAAGAAAAAGAGGUGAAGAGGAGAUAGGUAGCAAUAAAAGAAGACCUUUGAUAGAUUACGAAAUCAAACCAAUUAAAAAUGAAAUAGGUGAUGAUGGUUUUGAUGACUAUAGAAAGAAGGAAAAGAAAAGACAAUAUUUAGAAAGGAAGAAGGCUAUCAGAGAAGAAAAAAUUCCUUAUACCCCACAAUACCAUAAGGAGGUUACAUAUGUUCCACCACCACCACCACCACAAGGAACAAAAAGGUUACAGUAUAUUAAUAUUGAGGAAGGUAAAAGGAAAAGGAUUGAUGAGUUAGAGCAGAAAAAGGAAAGCCUACGAAAAAUAAGAGAGGAUCAAAGGCUAGAAAAUAUUAGGAAAGGGAAAAAGGAAAGGGAAUUAAAAAGAAGUGGUAUAAGAAAACUAAAAAUCCCCCUAGACCAAUCAGCAAUGUUAAAGGCUAGACAAGAGGAUGACAUUCGAAGGCGUCAAAAGUUAAAACGAAAGUGGCAAGGUCCAGACGAAAGCCCCUUCUUAACGCUAAAGAGAGUCAAACCCGUUACGAAAAAACAAUCCGCAAGAGCAAGCAAAGAAUGGAUGCAGAGGCUUAUAAAAGCCAAGCGCAAAGCAAGUAACAAAUCAUUUAAACCUUCAUUGUGGUAA